AUGCGAAGGAGGCUACGAACAAAAGACUUGUUGAGAAAAUGGGGCAUACCAGUGGCUGAAACAUGUCUGCUAUGUAAAGAGGAACCAGAAACUGCAGAUUAUUUGUUCUUUGAUUGCCCUUUUUUGCAACUCUAUGAAUUGCAAUUUUGGCAUGAAAAAAAUGGCAAAAAGGAAUACUACAGUGGCAGGAAGAGUGGAAAUGGGUGGAUCAACACUCAUGAGAAAAUAUUCAUGCUUCCUCGUCGCUCCAACAAUCAGAAUACUCAAGAUGAUGAAGUGCGCCUUACCUAUGGGAUGCAGACCCAUAAUAGAGCGCACACCCCUGAACCUGUCCCUACUCUGAGAGUGCCUCCAGUACUGGCCAGUCCUCCUCGAGCUCCAAGAAUAAAUAUUAAUCGUCCCCAGUCUUCUCAGAGGGACAUAUCGAAUGAAAAAUUCAGAUAA